AUGUCUUCACCUAGCAUAGAGGAACAUUUAGGGAACAAAGCAACACUACAAUUAGGACAUAAGCCUGACUUAGUCCCAGACAUUGUUGCAAGAUUAGAUGAUGAUUCUGAUUAUUCAGAUACCGAGAGUAUAUUCGAUGACACAGAUUUUGAAAGUUCUGAUUGUGAAUCUUAUGACUCUGAAUAUGAAGAUGAACUGGAAGAUGAGGUGGAAUCUCUUAACAGUAGUAAUAUUUUAUUUGAAGAUGAGUAUGCAAAAGAAUUGGAACAGAGUCAAAUUAAAACCAAAACAACUUCGAACAAUGAGCAAGGAUCAUCCCUUGACUUUGAAGAUUUGAAAGUUAAAAUAGUCUCGUCCUUAAUUCUUUUUGUUGAUACGAGAGGACUUCUACGAGUAGGUGGGAGACUAGGCCAAUCACUGAUAUACUCGCAAAAACAUCCAAUAAUUCUUCCAAGGAGACAUUACAUAACACGACUGCUGUUGCGACAGGAGCAUGUAAGAUUAUUACAUGCUGGUACUCAAGCCAUCUUGAUUAAUAUACGGCAAAAAUACUGGCCUAUAAAUCGAAGAAACAUCAUCAAAGGAAUAAUCAAAGAGUGCACAAUAUGUAGGCGCUUUCAAGCAGCACAAAGUCAACAGCUAAUGGGAUCGUUACCUGCUGAUCGAGUGACAAGUAAAAGACCGUUUCUUGCUGUAGGUGUGGAUUAUGCUGGUCCCAUUGAGUUGAGAGCGAGCCGACUGCGCAAAGCACCAAGAAUAAAAGCGUACAUAGUGGUAUAUAUUUGCAUGUCCACUAAAGCAGUACACUUAGACUUAGUCACGGAAUUAUCAACUGCAGCCUUUUUGGAUUCAUUGAAACGCUUCGUGUCACGAAGAGGUGUGUGCCAAACCAUAUACAGUGAUAAUGGAACCAACUUCGUAGGCGCCAGUAAUGAAUUAGAUAGACUCUAUAAGUAUUUUAAAAAUAAUAUUAAUAAGAAAGAACUCAUUGAGAGUGUGUCAACCAUUGGAAUAACAUGGAAAUUUAUACCGUCACAUGCACCCCAUUUUGGAGGACUAUGGGAACGGAACAUUAGAACAAUGAAGCAUUAUUUAAAUAGGGUUAUUGGUUCAACCUGUUUAAUUUAUGAAGACUAUUUAACUUUCUUGAAUCAAGUAGAAGCCAUAAUGAAUUCAAGACCCAUUAUCCCAUUAAAUGAUGAUAGCACCGAUUCUGUGUUUUUAACCCCUAGUCACUUUCUUAUAGGUGAUAUUAUGACUGCUAUUCCUGAACCCGUAGUAGAUCGUACUGCCCUAAGAAAUAAAUUAAACAUACAUAGACAGCUAAAUGCGAUGAGAGAUAGGUUUUGGACCUUGUGGUCCACGUCAUAUUUAGCAGAGCUACAGAAGCGGGCAAAUGGACAGCAUCCUUGGACAACCUAG